GGUCCUCCAAUUAUAACUUUAUAUAAACCAACCCACCUUCCAUAAUUCCUAUGUUAUUCUAAACACUCCACUAUCAAAUUCAAACAUUAUUCUUCAACGAAAAUAACAUCUUGGAAGCAAAACAAGUACAACAACAUGGAGGAAGCAAAAUCAAGGUUCAAAAGCGUGUGUGUUUUUUGUGGCAGCAGUACUGGUAAACGAGACUGCUACAGAGAUGCCGCUCAUGAAUUAGGCCAAGAAUUGGUGAAAAAGAAGCUGAGUCUUGUUUACGGUGGAGGGAGUGUAGGGUUGAUGGGAAUUGUUUCACAGGAAGUUCACAAUGGUGGUGGCCAUGUGUUAGGGAUUAUUCCAAAGACUCUCAUGUGCAAAGAGAUAACGGGUGAGACAGUAGGAGAAGUAAGAGCGGUAUCUAAUAUGCAUCAAAGAAAAGCUGAGAUGGCUCGUCAUUCUGAUUGUUUUAUUGCCUUACCAGGUGGAUAUGGAACAUUGGAAGAAUUAUUGGAGGUUAUUACGUGGGCCCAACUCGGAAUUCAUGACAAACCCGUUGGCUUAUUGAACGUGGAUGGUUACUAUAACUCCCUACUUACCUUCAUUGACAAGGCGGUGGACGACGGGUUCAUCAUGCCAAUACAACGUCACAUCAUCGUCUCUGCCCCGAACGCAAAAGAUCUUGUACAAAAGCUUGAGGAUUACGUACCGAUGCAUGAUGGAGUGGUGGCUAAGGCAAGAUGGGAGGUUGAACAAGUGGAGUUAAACGCAUCUUUGCACACUGAGUUAGCCAGAUGAUAACAUGACAGAUUUGGACAUGUUACUUACCUCCGUUUGUCUCUUUCUCACUAGUUUUCUAGGGGUGUUAUUGGAAGAGUGAAAAUGUAAUUAGGGUGUUCUUUUGUGUUUGUUAAGAAUUAAGAGUUGAUGGUAAUUUGGUAUUUUACUUUACUUUGUAUAUAAAAAUUUAGAUUGUAUGUAUGAUGUAAUGUAAUUGUAACAACUGAUUAUCAAUAUUAUCUGCUUUGUUUCUGAUAA